AUGAAGUAUCGUUUCCUUUUCUGUUGUUUUUAUUCCAGGAAGUCGAGGAAAAUGUCCCCACCUUAUAGGGUUCUGCUGCAUAAUGACGACACGAAUAAAAGGGAGUAUGUAGUACAGGUACUUAUGAAGGUUAUUGAUGGAAUGACGGUCGACAAUGCUGUGAAUAUUAUGCAAGAAGCGCACUUCAAUGGCAUGUCGGUGGUCAUAGUUUGUGGCCAAGAGGAUGCUGAAGAAUAUUGUAUGCAGCUUAGAGGGAAUGGCCUCUUGAGCUCGAUCGAGCCUGCCGAAGGGGGUGGGUGUCACUGA